CAGAUUAUUAUUACCUUUUCCUCACCACGCAGUCUCUAAACAACCAAACACAGUCCUACAUUUUAGGAGUUUUUGUUUUUCGAAUCUGCGGCGAAGAUAAUGAUGCACAGAUUUAUUUCGGUCAGGAGGUUAUUUUCGGAAACUAAAUGUUCUCUUCCUUGCCAACUACGACGACGUUGCUUCUCUCAGGUGGCUCGAAAUGAGAUUGAUAACAGGGAUGAUCUUGUUCGUAAAAUGCCUCCUUUUGAUUACUCUCCGCCUCCUUACACCGGUCCUUCCGCCGACGAGAUCCUUUCCAAACGCAAGGAGUAUCUUAGCCCCUCCAUGUUUUACUUUUACACCAAACCGUUGAACAUAGUGGACGGGAGGAUGCAGUACUUGUUCGAUGAUAAGGGACGAAGAUACCUAGACGCAUUUGGAGGGAUUGCUACUGUGUGUUGCGGCCAUUGUCAUCCUGAUGUGGUUGAAGCAAUCGUCAAUCAAACCAAGCGCUUGCAGCACUCCACUGUUCUUUACCUCAACCAUGCCAUCGCUGAUUUUGCUGAGGCCCUUGCCAACAAGUUACCCGGCAAUCUCAAGGUUGUAUUCUUUACAAAUUCAGGUACAGAAGCAAACGAAUUGGCAAUGAUGAUAGCCAGGUUAUAUACUGGAUGCCAUGACAUAAUAUCAUUGAGGAAUGCGUAUCAUGGAAAUGCAGCGGCAACCAUGGGAGCCACUGCCCAAAGUAACUGGAAGUUCAAUGUUGUACAGAGUGGAGUUCAUCAUGCCUUAAACCCAGAUCCGUACCGUGGUGUCUUUGGUUCUGAUGGAGAGAAGUAUGCAAAGGAUGUUCAAGAUCUUAUCCAGUUUGGAACUUCUGGCAACGUUGCUGGAUUCGUUUCUGAAGCUAUACAAGGAGUUGGUGGAAUCAUAGAAUUGGCCCCAGGUUACUUGCCUGCUGUUUAUAGCACCAUCAAGAAAGCUGGAGGCCUUUGCAUUGCUGAUGAGGUUCAGGCUGGGUUUGCUCGCACAGGAAGCCAUUUUUGGGGAUUUGAGAACCAUGGGGUUGUUCCUGACAUAGUGACGAUGGCAAAGGGCAUUGGAAAUGGCAUUCCUCUAGGUGCGGUGGUAACUACCCCUGAGAUUGCGGAGGUCUUGACUCGCAGGAGUUACUUCAAUACCUUCGGCGGGAACCCUGUAUGUACCUCUGGAGGGCUAGCCGUCCUGAAAGUAAUCGAAAAAGAAAAACUUCAGGAGAAUGCAUUUGUUGUCGGGACCUAUUUGAAAGAGAGGCUUACUGCACUGAAAAAUAAAUAUGACCUUAUAGGGGAUGUAAGAGGAAGAGGACUGAUGCUCGGAGUCGAACUCGUCACUGAUCAGAAGCUCAAGACUCCAGCAAAGCUUGAAACUAUUCAUGUAAUGGAUCAGAUGAAAGAACUUGGAGUACUGGUCGGGAAAGGUGGAUUCUAUGGCAAUGUGUUUAGAAUUACCCCUCCUCUCUGUUUCACUAAGGAAGAUGCAGAUUUCCUUGUAGAUGCGAUGGAUUACACCAUGGAGAAGAUGUGAAGCACCCGACUUAAAACGUGGAUGAAUGAAGAUAUGAUGUUUAUUCACAAAGUUGCUUUAAUCAGUGCUCCCUAUCGUAAGUGAAAAAAAGAAUCAUCGGUGCACAGAGAUUUUCAGAUUGAAUAAGUUUUAAAAAUUUGGUAGCUAUGGUUUUUAAAAGCUGUUUUGAUGAGUCAACAACUCGUUGUCUCUUGUUCAAACUCUUCCAUGUUUGUGUUGCCGCAUAACUUUGGCAUUCAUAAAAAUUCAACAUAUGUUACUCAUGGUAAUUUGGGUUUAUAAA